ACCCGCUGCCCCGCGCUGGGACCCGGCCUCCGGGAGGCAGCGCCUGUGCCCCUCCUGGAUCCCCACGCCGCGCCCACCCGCCCCGCUGCGCUCUGUGACUUGGGGCCGGCCAGCCCCUAAUGGGCCUGCCGUGUUGGCCCUGACCCGAGAGCUGCGCAGCGCGGGUGGCCCCGCUGAAGUCGCUGGGAUCCUUGCAGGCCCACCUGUGCGGCAGGGCGGGUAGGAUCCAUGCCACGAAGUGGUUCAGCUGCCAUGAAAAUGCCACUCCGGGACUAAACUCGCCUUCGGCAGAGUCCGGAGCUGUCAUGGUCCAUGCCCUGCCUGAGCCUGUGUAUGCUGACCGCUAGUGUUUGCAGCCAAGCGGUACUAGGGUGGUGGGUUCUACAUUGAAUGUCGUAUGAGAUACCUUCCUCCCUCAGUAGCUGAGCCAACUAUGGUGGUCACUCUUUCCUGGGAGAGACAUACUGGUCAAAACGGUUGGUAAAGUUUCAACCAUCUCUUUGGCCUUGGGAUUCAGUGAGAAACAAUUUAAGAGGUGCCUUGACUGAGAUGUGUGUGCUCUACGAUGUUCUCAGCAUUGUCAAAGAUAAAAAAUUCAUGACUCUGGAUCCAGUUGUGCAGGAUCCGCUUCCCCCAAAGCAGAAUCCUCAGACUUUACAGUUAAUUUCAAAGAAGAAGUCACUAGCUGGAGCAGCCCAAAUCCUGUUGAAAGGAGCAGAAAGGUUAUCCAAAUCAGUUGCAGAAAACCAGGAAAAUAAGAGACAACGAGAUUUCAACUCCGAGCUCUUGAGAUUGAGGCAGCACUGGAAGCUGAGGAAAGUGGGAGACAAAAUCCUCGGGGACCUGAGCUACAGAAGUGCAGGAUCCCUCUUCCCUCAUCAUGGGACAUUUGAAGUGAUAAAGAACACAGAUAUUGAUCUGGAUAAGAAGAUACCAGAGGAUUACUGUCCUUUGGAUGUUCAGAUUCCAAGUGAUUUAGAGGGAUCAGCCUAUAUAAAGGUUUCUAUUCAAAAGCAAGCUCCAGACAUAGGUGACCUUGGCACAGUUAACCUAUUUAAAAGACCUCUGCCAAAAUCAAAACCAGGUGCUCCACAUUGGCAGACAAAACUGGAGGCUGCACAAAAUGUUCUCUUAUGUAAAGAAAUAUUUGCUCAGUUGUCUCGAGAAGCUGUUCAAAUUAAAUCACAAAUUCCUCACAUUGUUGUGAAGAACCAGAUCAUCUCCCAGCCUUUUCCAGGUUUGCAAUUGUCUAUUUCUUUGUGUCACUCUUCUAAUGAUAAGAAAUCCCAAAAAGCUGCUUCUGAAAAACAAAGUCCAGAGGAUCACCUCUAUGUUCUGGAACACAAUUUGCAUCAGCUGAUCAGAGAGUUCCACAAGCAAACUUUGAGCUCUACAAUGAUGCCACAUCCAGCUAGUGCACCAUUUGGCCACAAGAGAAUGAGAAUGGCAGGACCUCAGGCUUUUGAUAAAAAUGACAUCAGUUCCUUACAACCAAAUGAAGGGCUUCUGGAAAAGAUCAUUAAACAGGCAAAACACAUCUUUCUGAGGCACAGAACUGCUCGAACCAUUGACAGCCUAGCUAGUCGUAUUGAGGAUCCACAGAUUCAGGCCCAUUGGUCAAACAUAAAUGAUGUUUAUGAAUCCAGUGUCAAAGUUCUAAUAACUUCCCAAGGAUAUGAGCAAAUAUGCAAGUCCAUUCAGCUACAGCUGAACAUUGGAGUUGAACAGAUCAGGGUAGUGCACAGAGAUGGAAGAGUUAUUACGUUGUCCCAUCAAAAGCAAGAAUUACAGGAUUUCCUUCUGUCUCAGAUGUCCCAACAUCAAGUACAUGCAGUUCAGCAGCUGGCUAAAGUUAUGGGAUGGCACGUGUUAAGUUUCAGUAAUCAUGUGGGUCUGGGACCAGUAGAGAGUAUCGGCAAUGCAUCAGCAAUAACUGUGGCAUCGCCAAGUGGAGACUAUGCUAUUUCAGUACGUAAUGGUCCUGAAAGUGGCAGCAAAGUUAUGGUUCAGUUUCCACGAUGUCAGUGCAAAGACCUCCCCAAAAGUGAUGUGCUACAAGACAGUAAAUGGAACCAUCUUCGUGGGCCAUUCAAGGAAGUUCAGUGGAAUAAAAUGGAAGGGCGUAACUUUGUAUAUAAAUUGGAGCUCCUCAUGGCUGCCCUAACUCCAUGCUAAUUGCCUGACAUCUUACUAAGUAGGACACUGGAUUGCCACUCAUUUGUAGUGGUAUCAAUGAUCACAAUAAAGGGAAACCUACCCUGGGAGACAAUACAUGAAAAUAGAAAACAGUGCAAAAGUGUUCAGUUUUGCAGUUCUCUAUAGAUUUGUAUCUAUUGUGAUUAUGUCAGAACUAUGUUAUUUGCUAUGUGAAAUAAAUGAUUUUUUUAAAUGUUCCUUACAAUUAGUUUAAAAAUACCAUUAAAAUAUGACCUUAUUUUUCUA